GGAUGAACAAGCAGUGUUUUUUUUGUUUUGUAUUUUUAAGAAAUUGAAUGCAGGUAUUAAUUAUUGUAAUGUUUUCAGGGGCAUGUUUCGUCUUGUUAUUUUGCUAUCUGCCCUUCUUACUGCGACGAAUUGGCAACCUUGUCUAGCAACCACUGAAUUGACCCAAGAAGUUUUGGUUCAUCUGUCAAGUAUAGACAAUGUUGUAUGCCCUAAUCCAAACUCGUUUUGCUCUACUUCAACAUUGGCUCGGGUGUUGUCUGAAAAAGACAGUUCUGCCCCUACACAGUGGAGUGCCCAAGUAUCAGAUUCUGGGUUUUUUCGGUUACUAGGUGGUAAAAGUGUUUCAUGUUCACUGAAUAAUGGGGAUUUGACGACGAAAGAUGUGGAUAACAGUGACACUAUGGGAUUGAAGUUGACAUAUGGUUAUUUACCAAACUUAGAAGUUAGACCUCAUCUGCUUGACUGGGGAGAGAAGUUUUUAUAUGUUCCUUCAUUAGCCUUUGGUAUAGUGGCAAACACACGCAAAGAAAACAUUUUGGUUGUUAUUGAUCCUUAUAGUACCAACUCUCAGUUCUAUUAUUGUAACAGUUCUUGUGAGGUGGUGUUGGGUCCUGGAGGGACUUGUUCAAUUUGUUUUGGGUUUUUGCCCACUUCUUUAGGCCUAUCUUCAGACCACCUUGUUUUACAGACAAACUAUGGCGGUUUCUUGGUUAAAGCUAAAGGCUUUCCUAUCGAAUCACUUUGUGGGGUUGGACUUGUUAUUCUUAGUGGAAGGGGGAGUAAGAAUUUCACUCUUUUUACCCAUUUUAAUGAAGCCCUUUGUGUGGAGGAGGUAAUUUCUUGGGCAUCUGUUUCUUUAGGAAAUGCUUCCGUAUUGACACGAAAGGUUUUUAGUGUUAAUAAUAAUGAUGAUGAUGCAAAAGUUGGUACAUUCUCUCUUGAUGAGUGGAUGAAUGAUACAUUCAUAAUAUCUCUAGAAGUGGAGAGCACAAAAAAAUCAGACUUUGUGUCAUUGUCUCUUACUACCACUAUCAAGCCUUGUGGUUAUGGUGGGACCGUCUUUCUUGCUCUCUUUGCCCACAAUGAUUCUCCUCAUGCAUUGAGAAUUGUCAACAUCACCAAGGAAGGAGACGAUAACUCAAAAAGUUUUCAGAUUAAACAUGUUGAAGGGUUAAUGCUUUCCCCACACACUGUUACUCAAGCAGCCUUGGUUAGCUACAGUCUUGAAUCUCAUCUUCCCGACAUAGAUGUGAGUUGCAAAAUCUUUGUACACACAAAUGGCUUUGGAAAUUCUCGGGUUGAGAUCCCAUGUAGGGACAUUGGGUACAUAUUUAGUAUUUGUGUGAGAAAUAAUUCAGAAUCUUCUGAAGGGGAGGAAAAUGUAAAUGUUAGAUCGAGUUCGUUGGACUACAACAAUUCACAGGGAUGGAUUGGAGCAGAAGCUGAAGAAGCAAUGCCGAUGAACGGGAGGUCUCAAGCAACUGCAAGUGACUUGUCUGUUCUUGAGAAUCCCGAGGUUAUAUUCCCCGUGAUUGAGGUUGGACACAUGUCUUCAGAAUGGAUCACUGUUAAAAACCCAAGCCAGGAACCUGUUCUUGUGCAGUUGAUCUUAAACUCUGCAGAAAUUAUCGACGAAUGUGGGCCCCCAGAAAUGCACCUGCAGGCUUCUUCAUCCAACACUUUAAUGAGUAGUAACAAUUCUUGUGUUUUGGCAAGAUAUGGAUUCUCCAUAGACAACAAUGCAGUGACUGAGGCUCUCAUCAGUCCUCUUGAGGUGGCAUCUUUAGGUCCUGUUUGGUUUCGCCCUGGAUCUCCAUGUAGAUGGAAAAGCUCGGCUCUCAUACGAAACAAUCUUUCUGGUACAGAAUGGGUUUCUCUCAGUGGGGUUGGGGGGUCAGUCUUUAUGGUUCUCCUUCAAGAAGAAGAUCAUGAACCUAUUCAAAGUCUGGAUUUCAAAAUGAACUCGCUUAAUUCAUCUUUUCCCGGAAAAUCUAUUGGGUGUUCUCAAGCAUUGAUGAAAGAGGUUUACGCGAAGAACACCGGCGAUCUGCCCUUAAGGGUCAUAAGAAUUGGGAUUUCUGGGACAGGAUGUGUGUCGGAUGGUUUUUCUGUAAAUUUCUGCAAAGGGUUUUCACUGUCGCCUGGGGAAUCCCAAAAGAUUGUGGUCUCGUAUCAGACAGACUUUUCAUUGGCCACAGUACAUAGGGAUCUUGAGCUGUCUUUGAGCAAUGGGAUUCUUGUUAUACCCAUGAAAGCCACUCUUCCUAUCCACAUCCUUAGCUUAUGCAAAAAGACGUUUUUGGAAAGAUUACGAAUUUCUCUCUUCCGAAUGCUCCUUGUUGCUUUCUUACUCUUUCUUUUCAUAACUCAGCUAAGAAAGCCCCAAGCUUACGACUACUACUACUACUACUAUACUCCUAAGAGUGGGAAAAUCCGUCCGUCAAGAAACACCAUAGUGGCAAAAGCUCCCGUAGAACAGGAGAAGGGAACCGUUGCGCGGGACCCACAAAAAAAGAGCAUUGAAGUCGGGAAUUCAGAUACGCGAGAGAUGCAACAAAAUGGGAACAAUAAUCUCAGGGUCAAAGUUGGAAAUGAGAUGGGGAAGAGGAAGAGGAGGAAGAAGAAAGGCUCUAGUGGUGGAGGGAACAAACUUUUUGAUGUCUCAAGCAGUAGCCAUAGUGGGAACUCCACACCAUCACCCUCGUCCCCCGCACCCCGCUCUCCCGUUUCCCACUCCAAACCAAUAUGCAAGAGAGAAGUGGUUCGUGAGGCGGGUGCUUCUCCGAAAUUGGGAAAUGACAAUCCUACCCUUGGUACUACUCAAGAGAAGAAGCCUAAGGUGGAUACCAGUCCUCCUCCUUUCGAUGGUGGCACGCCUGUCUCAUAUGUUGAGACUCUCGUGCCACCAUUGCGGGUCCCGGGGUCAAGGUUUCGCGGGGAAGAAGGAGAAAAGGUUGAGGAAAUGAAAGGGUGGAAUGAAAAGUUUGUGACUUAUGACAUAUGGGGUGAUCACCUGUUUGGACUUCAUCUGACAAAGGACAAUACUUUGCCAAUGAGAGCCCCAGUUAUACAUAACAACUCUGAUAGCUUUUUUGCAAGAGGUCCACAGAUCCUAAUGACCAACUACUCUCAACAGAAAGUUGGUGAUUUAUUGAAGUGAAUUUGAGAAUGAAGUGUGAUUUAUUGA